AUGUCUCUAUCUUCCAAGCUAUCUGUCAAGGAUCUAAACGUCACUGGUAAGCGUGUCUUCAUCAGAGUGGACUUCAACGUUCCAUUGGACGGCACCACCAUCACUUCUAACCAAAGAAUUGUUGCUGCUUUGCCAACCAUCAAGUACGUUUUGGAACACAAGCCAAAGUGUGUCAUCUUGGCCUCUCACUUGGGUAGACCAAACGGUGAACCAAACCAAAAGUACUCUUUGAAGCCAGUUGCUGCUGAAUUGGAGAAGUUGUUGGGUGAAAAGGUCACCUUCUUGAACGACUGUGUCGGCCCAGAAGUCACCUCUGCCGUUAACAACGCUGCCCCAGGCUCCGUCAUCUUGUUGGAGAACUUGCGUUUCCACAUCGAAGAAGAAGGUUCCAGAAAGGUCGACGGCCAAAAGGUCAAGGCUGACAAGGCUGCCGUUGAGAAGUUCAGAAAGGAAUUGAGCUCUCUAGCCGACGUUUACGUUAACGACGCCUUCGGUACCGCCCACAGAGCCCACUCUUCCAUGGUCGGUUUCGAAUUGCCACAAAGAGCCGCCGGUUUCCUAUUGUCUAAGGAGUUGGAAUACUUCGGUAAGGCUUUGGAAAACCCAACCAGACCUUUCUUGGCCAUCUUGGGUGGUGCUAAGGUCGCCGACAAGAUCCAAUUGAUCGACAACUUGUUGGACAAGGUCGACGCUAUCAUCAUUGGUGGUGGUAUGGCUUUCACCUUCAAGAAGGUCCUAGAAGGUACCAACAUUGGUAACUCUAUCUUCGACAAGGCCGGUGCUGAAAUCGUUCCAAAGUUGGCUGAAAAGGCCAAGGCUAACAACGUUGAAAUCGUUCUACCAGUCGACUUCGUCUGUGGUGACAAGUUUGCUGCUGAUGCCAACACCAAGAUUGUCACUGACAAGGAAGGUGUUCCAGAUGGAUGGGAAGGUUUGGACUGUGGUCCAGAAUCCCAAAAGUUGUUCUCUGCCACCGUUGCCAAGGCUAAGACUAUUGUCUGGAACGGUCCACCAGGUGUCUUCGAAUUCGAGAAGUUCGCUGCUGGUACCAAGGCUCUAAUGAACGACUGUGUUAAGUCUUGUGAAGCCGGUAACACUGUUAUCAUCGGUGGUGGUGACACUGCUACCGUUGCUAAGAAGUACGGUGUUGCUGACAAGAUCUCCCACGUCUCCACCGGUGGUGGUGCCUCUUUGGAAUUGUUGGAAGGUAAGGAAUUGCCAGGUGUUACCUUCUUGUCCAGCAAGCAAUAA